GAGCAUCAUCGCAGAGUCCGGUCUGGGUUGUCGGAGCAAGUUUCCUGUCCCUGAAGAGACACAGCGGCUGUGACAUACGAGUAGACUGGAACGUGUUGGCUGCUCUGUACCCACAAUCUAAUGUGAUUACUUUUCAGGGGAUUCCGUCUGUGUAAACAGUUGCUGCCAAACCAAUCAUCGACUCGCGGGGGGGUGUUACGGUGUCGUUCAUCAAAUAUUUACCCUCGACAUCGACGACAAUACUGUUGGAAUUAUUUUGUUCCGAGUCCGGGUCAUUCUCUGGGGCAGAUUGAACGUCAUUAAAUAUUGAGCUCAACGGCACUCUUCUCAUUUCCCAGAUACAGACAAUGGGUUUGGAAUCUUAAAGGUAUAAUCUCAACACUCUGAAUCAAGCAUGAUUGUGUUUCAGUCUUAGCUCUCGAGUUUAAAAAAAAAUCUUCCUUUAAAGUUGAAAAUCCAGCUAGCCACCCAUCCAACAUCAUCAAGAUGCCUGGAAUUAACGAUACCUGGAUCCCCAGAACCGUGUCCCGAAGCGACCUAAUUAUCGGCGACAUGGAAGACACUGGCUCCUCCUCUUCCUCCUCCUCCUCAUCCUCCUCCUCCUCCAGCAGUUCCGCUUACCAGAGAUUCGAUUACUUCUUGCGGGAUCCGGAUAACCAAACCGUGAUCUAUCGGAACUGGAGCCAUCAGAGCCCGGAUGAGGACGACAUGAGCGAGCAGACGACACAAAUGGCGGACGGCGUCCAGCCCGUCUACGCUCAGAUCAUCAUCGUCAUGAUGUACGUCCUCAUUAUCAUCGUGGCUGUGGGCGGGAAUCUGCUCUUUUCUUACGUAAUCGUGAUGCGGCCCAAAAUGAGGUCAGUGACGAACCUGUUCCUUCUCAACCUGGCAGUCAGCGACAUCCUCAAGGCCGUCAUCUGUAACCCCUUCGCCUUCAUGGCCAACCUCAUCCUCAUGUACUGGCCGUACGGGGACCUCAUGUGUCCCGUGGUCACCUAUGUACAGGUGGUGGCAGUGUUUCUGAGCUCCUUCACCCUCGUGGCUAUGAGCAUCGACCGCUACCUGGCCAUUCUAAAGCCCAUGAGGGCCAAGAUGUCCAAACGGGCGUUCGCUGUGAUCAUGGCCAUCAUCUGGGCGUUGUCCCUGGCAGCCCCGCUGCCCACCGCCAUCACGUCCAGGGUCCUUUACCCUCAGGGGACCUCCAAGGGACUGUGCCAGGAGCUGUUUGAGAACGAGGACAACAAAUAUAUCUAUAGACCGGUCAGUCUCCCCGCUGACCAGUGCCCGUGCCGACAACCCAGUCUUUGCCUGUCCUGGACUCACAGAGACGGUACCCUGUACAUGCCAGGCGCCAAGACGCUGGUCAAGAUGAUCAUCAUCGUGGUCGUCAUCUACGCCGUUUGCUGGCUGCCCCUCCACGUGAUCACCCUGAUCGGAGACAGUGACCCAGAUUUCUACAGCCUGCCACACAUGAACGUGGUGUGGCUGUGCGCUCACUGGCUUGCCAUGUCUCACUCCUGCUACAACCCUAUCGUCUACUUCUCCCUCAACGCCUCCUUCCGGCGCAGCCUCACGCGCAUCGUGACUCUCUGCAGACACAAGCAAGCGCGUUUCCGCCAACACCUGUCUUUGCGAGGCACUGGUUUUUGGGACGCCGGAUUUGACAUUUACGGCAGUAACGAGUGCGUCAAGUCUAGGAACAGCAUCCGGAGCGUCCACUCAACGUCCAGCAACACGCGCUCACUCACCGUGAAGCGAGGAGACGAGACGCUCGUGCACUGGAAGGCCGCCAACAUUAGUGGCGUCAACAACGACACUCACUUCUGAAGGAAGGAUUCGACAGUCGGUUGUGGUUGAUGUUCUGUUCAGGGCACGAUCUGCCUCAUAAACUGUGUCCCUCAGUUACUGGGCAAGAAAAGACUUGCUUGCAUUGAAAGGACGAACCAAACAGUAGCACCUUAAGAAAGAAAUAUACUCGACAGAAAACUGAAACAAUGUCAUCGGUUUAUAUUUCAACUUUGUCCAGAAGGCCAUUCAGUUUUGCUUCCACCAAGAAAGCUGGCUGUGGGUCCUUGAGAAGUGUGGUACUGCUGACACAAUUAGGACGCACUAUUCUUGGACAAAACAAAAAUCGACAUAAAAAGGCGUGCUACGACCAGUAAACUGUCUUUACCCCUGAGACCUUUCAAGAAGAUAUCCUGUUGUGUUAAACAAUUGCUCACCCUUAGUGCACGCACGACUGUUGUCUGACCCUACGCCAUGUAAGGCAUGAGUUCUUCAGGCUGUCUACUUCUCCCCCCCCCCAUCCCAC